AUGUCUGCUAUGUUCAAGAACGCUGGCAUUAUCGGCGCCCUCGCCGCCACCGCCGCUGCCCACGGUACCGUCUCUGGCAUUGUCAUCGAUGGCAAGUACACGCAGAACUACAACCCGUCGAUGCAGUACACGACCCCUGCUCCCGUCGUCAUCGGCUGGGCCAUCCCCGAGGAUCUUGACAACGGCUUCGUCGCCCCCUCGGCCUACGCGGACCCCAACAUCAUCUGCCACAAGGGUGCAACCAACGCCCAGACCAGCGCCACCGUCGCUGCCGGUCAGGACAUCACCAUCGAGUGGACCGACUGGCCCGAGUCGCACAAGGGCCCAGUCAUCUCCUACCUCGCCAACUGCGGUGGUGACUGCACCACCGUCGACAAGGAGACGCUCGAGUUCGUCAAGAUCGACGCCGGUGGUCUCAACGUCGACAGCCAGACCUGGGCCGCUGAGGACCUGAUCGCCAACAACAACUCCUGGGUCACCACCAUCCCCACGAGCAUCAAGGCCGGCAACUACGUCCUGCGCCACGAGAUCAUCGCCCUCCACGGCGCCGGCUCCGCCGACGGUGCCCAGAACUACCCCCAGUGCAUGAACCUCGAGGUCACCGGUGACGGCACCGACGACCUCACCACUGGCGGUACCCUCGGUACUGCUCUCUACAAGGAGGACGACCCGGGUGUCCUGAUCAACAUCUACCAGACCCUCUCCACCUACGUCAUCCCCGGCCCUACGCUCUACUCGGGCGCCUCCUCUGGCUCCGCCACCGCCGCCGCUGGUGGCUCUUCCGCCGCUGCCUCGACCCCGGCCGCCACCACCGCUGCCACCAGCACCUCGGCCGCCGCCGCCGCCGCUACCCCGACCACCCUGUCGACGGCCGUCGCCGCUGCCGAUGCCUCCUCCACCACCGCCGCCGCCGAGCUCACCGCCGCCAUCCCCAGCUCCGUCCUGAGCGUCGCGGCUACCGCCAUCCCCACCGCCAGCGGCGUCGCCACCCCCGAGACCGCCAUCCCUGACAACUUCACCGUCAAGGACAUCCUCCAGUGGUUCUCGUACGUCAUGGAGAACUACUUCACUGCCGGCUCGACCAGCUCCAAGGCUCGCCGCCACGCUCGUGACUUCUAA